GUGUAGAGUUUGUGUUCCGGAUGUAAAGACAGAAACAAAGGAUAUGUCUGGACUCCAGCUGUUCGGAGAUGCCCUGAAACCUUCCCUGAAGUCUCUGCAUCGUUUCCUCCAUCUGAACAAACACGUCACAAAGUGUUGAGGUUAAAAAGAAGGUGUAAAAAAACAACAACACAACCAGCUCAGAUUCCGCCCGGGGUCGUGUCUCCUCACUGUGUCUGUGAUGGCGUGGCACUAGCUGCUGCUUUGUCCCUGUGAGGGGGUGGGAGGUGUGCUCGUCAAACACGGAUGUUCCUUCACACAGAGCCACAGGAGGACAGACACCGGAGGACAGUCUCCACACAGCCAGAGGAUAGACACCUGCGAUACCCAGAGGAGGACAGACACUGGAGGACAGUCUCCCCAGAGCUAUAGGAUAGACACCUCCGAGACCCAGAAGAGGACAGACACCUCACAGACCCAGACGAGGACAGACACCUCAAAGACCCAGAGGACGACAGACACCUCAAAGACCCAGAGGAGCACAGACACCUGAGGAUAGACACCUCACAGACUCAGAAGAGGACAGACUCCUGAAGACAGUCUCCAAAAAGCCAGAGGACAGACACCUCCGAGACCCAGAGGAGGACAGACCCCUGAGGACAGUCUCACCACAGCCAGAGGAGGACAGACACCUGAGGACUGUCUCACCACAGCCAGAGGAGGACAGACACCUGAGGACUGUCUCACCACAGCCAGAGGAGGACAGACACCUGAGGACUGUCUCCACACAGACAAAAGAGGACAGACCCAGAUGAGGACAGACACCUGAGGACAGUCUCCACUAAGACAGAGGACAGACACCUCCAAGACCUAGAGGAGGACAGGAACCUGAGGAUAGCACCUCACAGACUCAGAGGAGGACAAACAGCUGAGGACAGUCUCCACACAGCCAGAGGACAUACACCUCCAAGACCUAGAGGAGGACAGACACAUGCGGAUAGACACCUCACAGAGCCAGAGGAGGACAGACACCUAAGGACAGUCUCCACAGAGCCAGAGACAGACAGGUGAUCUCACUUCACAUCCUCAGGCAUUGUGAGCAGCGGCUGAAACAUGGAGGACGAGGAGCUCUUCGACCAGAUCCUUUUCGUCCUCAACGUGCUAGUGUCAUGGGUCGCUGCCGGGGCCAUGGUGUUCGGCGGCCUGGUGCCCUACAUCCCGCAGUACAGAGACAUCCGCCGGACACAGAACGCUGAGGGCUUCUCCACCUACGUGUGCCUGGUGCUCCUGGUGGCCAACAUCCUGAGAAUCCUCUUCAGGUUUGGCCGCUACUUCGAGACGCUGCUGCUGUGGCAGAGCAUCAUCAUGAUCGUCACCAUGCUCAUCAUGCUCAAUCUGUGCACCAACGUCCGCAUGGCCACUGAACUCAACACCAAGAGACGCUCCUUCUUAGCGACAGACAUUAAGGACGAGGAGGUCAGAAUCCCUAAGAGGCUCUUUCUGGACUUUGACUGGAGCUACUUCUGGUCGUGGAGCCGCUUCGUGGACUAUCUGCAGUGCGUGCUGGCCUUCACGCUCAUGGCGGCCUACAUCACCUACGUCCUCCUGGACUCGACGGUGUUCGUGGAGUCUCUGGGCUUCCUGGCCGUGUUUGCCGAAGCAAUGCUGGGCACUCCGCAGCUCUACUGCAAUUAUCAGAACAAGUCCACUGAGGGCAUGAGUAUCAAGAUGGUGCUGAUGUGGACCAGUGGCGACACCUUUAAAACGGGCUACUUCCUGCUCACCCAGGCUCCUGUGCAGUUCUGGACAUGCGGCCUGCUGCAGGUCAUGGUCGACAUAACAAUUCUGUUCCAGGUUUACUACUACAGCCGCUACCCACAGAAACCUGUCUCCCACACCGUCUCCCACACCACCAGUGCCAAAGCCCUCUGA